AAACUUCCCUUGCAUCUAGAUUCAAAGAAGGCGUCUUCAUAAACGCCUUUCUUCUCCGUUUCUUCUUCCUCUCUACGUUCCUAUUUUCCCGUUUCAAAUUCGCUUUUUUUAAUCUGCGAAAAUGAGAGAGUGCAUCUCAAUUCACAUUGGUCAGGCCGGUAUCCAGGUCGGAAAUGCUUGCUGGGAGCUCUACUGUCUCGAGCACGGCAUCGGGCCCGAUGGUCAAAUGCCAAGUGACAAAACAGUUGGUGGUGGUGACGAUGCUUUCAACACUUUCUUCAGCGAAACAGGUGCUGGAAAGCAUGUUCCACGUGCCGUCUUUGUGGAUCUUGAGCCCACUGUGAUUGAUGAGGUUAGGACUGGAGCUUACCGCCAGCUUUUCCACCCAGAGCAGCUCAUUAGCGGCAAAGAAGAUGCCGCCAACAACUUUGCCCGUGGCCAUUAUACCAUUGGGAAAGAGAUCGUUGAUCUGUGCUUGGACCGCAUCCGAAAGCUUGCUGACAACUGCACUGGUCUCCAGGGUUUCCUGGUUUUCAAUGCUGUUGGUGGAGGAACUGGUUCUGGUCUUGGUUCUCUUCUGUUGGAGCGUCUCUCUGUCGAUUAUGGCAAGAAAUCCAAACUUGGAUUCACUGUCUACCCCUCUCCUCAGGUCUCCACCUCUGUUGUUGAGCCAUACAACAGUGUCCUCUCCACUCACUCUCUCUUGGAGCACACUGAUGUAGCAGUGCUUUUGGACAAUGAGGCCAUUUAUGACAUCUGCAGGCGCUCCCUUGACAUCGAGCGGCCCACAUACACUAAUCUCAACCGUCUUGUUUCUCAGGUGAUUUCUUCUCUGACUGCUUCCCUGAGAUUUGAUGGUGCCCUGAAUGUGGAUGUGACUGAAUUCCAGACCAACUUGGUCCCAUAUCCCAGAAUCCACUUCAUGCUUUCCUCCUAUGCCCCAGUUAUCUCUGCCGAGAAGGCUUACCAUGAACAGCUUUCAGUGGCUGAAAUUACCAACAGUGCUUUUGAGCCAUCUUCCAUGAUGGCUAAGUGUGAUCCUCGCCAUGGAAAAUACAUGGCCUGUUGCCUGAUGUACCGUGGUGAUGUUGUGCCUAAAGAUGUGAACGCCGCUGUUGCGACCAUCAAGACGAAGAGGACCAUUCAGUUUGUGGAUUGGUGUCCUACUGGUUUCAAGUGUGGUAUCAAUUACCAGCCACCUACCGUUGUCCCUGGAGGUGACCUUGCUAAGGUGCAGAGAGCAGUAUGCAUGAUUUCGAACUCCACCAGUGUGGCGGAGGUAUUUGGUCGCAUUGACCACAAGUUUGAUCUCAUGUAUGCCAAACGUGCCUUUGUUCACUGGUACGUGGGUGAGGGUAUGGAAGAAGGUGAGUUUUCAGAAGCUCGUGAGGACCUCGCUGCUCUCGAGAAGGAUUACGAGGAAGUGGGUGCUGAGUCAGGUGAGGGCGUCGAGGAGGAAGAGGAGUACUAGAAUCUACUUCAGAUUCUUUUACGUAUUUUCUCGUGUUGGUUUUCAGUUGUUUUAUUUGGAUGCAUUCCUUUUAUGCUUCGACUGUUCAUGUUCCCUACUUAAUGGCCAUAUAUAUUUUGUCCA